CGCCUCUUUCGCGCAUCUCGCAUGACAUAGCAGCACUUCCGCUGGCGCCCGGAUGUGCAUCUCUACUGAACAUGGCGACUUAUGUGACGGACGAAUCUGGAAAAUAUAUUGCAGCAACACAGCGGCCAGAUGGGACCUGGAGGAAGCCAAGAAGAGUAAAGGAUGGUUAUGUUCCUCAAGAGGAAGUGCCGGUCUAUGAGAACAAAUAUGUCAAGUUUUUCAAGAGCAAACCUGAUUUGCCCCCAGGGAUGAAUCCUUCCGAUGCCCUACAAGCCAAGCAGCAGGAGCAGGUGGCUGCGGUAAAGGGAGCAAGCAGUGACGCAGCAGGACUGUCCAAAUCAGCCAAGAGAAACUUAAAGCGCAAGGAGAAACGCAAGCAGCAGCAGGAUAAAGUUGCAGGCAAUGGGGACCACCAGGAAGAUGAACUGAGUGUUGCAGUUCAAAAAGUUGAGAUCAGUGGUCAGCCUGAGGCUUUGCAAGAAACUGAGCCAGAGUGCAGCACAGAAGGAGCCUUAGAGAAGACCAAGAAAGUCAAAAACCUGAAGAAGAAACUACGUCAGGUUGAGGAGCUGCAACACAAACUGGACAGCGGUGAGAUCAAACAACCGACCAAAGAGCAGCUGGACAAAUUAGGCCGUCGAAAAGCCCUAGAGGAGGAGCUGCAAGAGUUGGAACUCAACCUGUAGAAAUGAGAGAGUUUUCCUGCCAGCCCAAGAGAGGCACAGGACUGACUAUAGUGACAUUAAGUGCACCUGGUUGUGCCCUUCUGGACAGUGGACAUGCUACUGCUGGACUUGGUAGUGUGCUGCUGGGGCUUACACAAUGGAGGUUGUGAUGCUGAGGCUGACCUGGACAAAAGUAGACUGUUGAGGUGAUGACUUGGAGCAAGUGAUUCAGACCGUCCUGGAUUUGGUGCAGGUUGGCCAUACCGUCCUGGGAGUGUGCAAGCUGGAAAAACGGGAGUUAUAUCAUGUGUGAUGUUGGAGGCUGAACAAGUGAAGGCUUAUGUAAAGGUACUAUUCUGGGAGAAAGAACCUUGAUUUAAGCUCUGUUUGGUUGUACUGUCCUAUUCCAAAUAGCAUUAUGGCAGUGCAUUUUGCAGGGUUUUUGUCCUUCUGCACAAAAGAUAUCCCAUCUAAAAUCCAACAGAAGUAUCCUUGCUGAUUUUUAACAUUUUGAUUCCUUUACAAAUAAAGAGUGAAUUACCUGGUUGAAGUUUAAGAUGUAGGUCCCUUGAGCACUCAAGUUCAGAUUCUGCUGGUGUUUGUUUUUUCUUUCCCAAAAUUAUAGAUGGUACGCACAAACCCCUAUAGUCUGGAUUGGCAAAGUUGUCUUGUGGUGGCUUAAGUAACUCCUUCAUUAUGUGGAUGGUAGGUAGAUAGUAAAGAGGGACGUUUUGCCGUUCAUUCUGCAGACUCAGUACAAGGUUAGAAGUAUAGGGAGUGAAUUCUAGGACUUAAAAUUGUUUUUUUCCCCAGCUGAAUACUGAACUUGACCAUUUUUUAAGAUAUUUAUUUUAAAUCUCGACCCAGUUCCCCCCUCCAAAAUAUCAUCUUGUCUGCCCUUAACAGCCCCAGGCCUAAACAACACAGCCCCAGCUGCCCUCCUAUCAAGGUCCUGUUGACUUUUUUCUUUUUUUUUUUUUUUUUAAUUCUUGAGCAUUAGAUUCACUUAUCUUGAAUUUUAGAAAGAAAGCUGACUUUUCCCAGCAGCACUUAUGGGAGUGAUCAGCCAGCAACUUGGGGUGGGGGGACUAAACUGUUUAUAUCUGUGGAUGCUGUGAGCCCUUCAAUAAAUUGUUAUUUAAUUUUGA